GUGCUGCUGGUGCUGAAUAAUGCCGGGAAAACUCCGUAGUGAGUCUAGGUUGGGAUCAGUCGUGGCCGAGGAAGGCAUGGAGACGUUGCCAAGCGAGAAGAAAACUAGAAAAGAGAGGACAAAAUCUAAGACUGAAGAAGCAGCAAAAGGAAUGGAAGAAACUGUUUCCUCCAAAGCUAAAUCGGUUAAAAAGAAAGGGCAUUUUGAAGAUGAUGUGGGUCCCCCCAAGUCUAAGAAGACCAAAAAGCAAGAGGAGGCACCUCAAGAAGACAUUGCUUCUAAAAGCAAAACCUCCAAGAAGAAAAAGGAGCCCCUUGAGAAGAAAGUGGCCCCUGCUAAAACCAAAGAAAUAAAAAUUGAGGAGCUUUCUGAGGAAGAUGCAGAUGUUCCUAAGUCCAAGAAGACGAAGAAAGAGAAGGAAGCAAAUGGAGAUGUUGGAGAGAAAAGCCCCAAGCUCAAGAAUGGAUUCUCUCAUUCUGAGUCGAAUUCCACUGCCAAAGAAGCUACUGGUGAAGAAAGUAGUAGUGAGGCAGAGAAGGAAAUACCGGUGGAACAGAAAGAAGGAGCUUUCUCUAACUUUCCCAUAUCUGAAGAGACUGUCAAGCUUCUCAGAGCUCGUGGAGUAAACUUCCUGUUUCCUAUACAAGCCAAGACAUUCCACCAUGUGUACAGUGGGAAAGACUUAAUUGCCCAGGCACGGACAGGAACUGGGAAAACAUUCUCCUUUGCCAUCCCUCUGAUUGAGAAGCUUCAGGCUGGGCUACAAGACAGGAAGAGAGGCCGUGCCCCCCAGGUACUAGUUCUUGCACCUACAAGAGAAUUAGCAAAUCAAGUGAGCAAAGACUUUAGUGACAUCACAAAAAAGCUGUCAGUGGCUUGUUUUUAUGGUGGAACACCCUAUGGUGGUCAAAUUGAGCGCAUACGGAGUGGGAUUGAUAUCCUGGUUGGGACCCCAGGUCGUAUUAAAGACCACCUGCAGAAUGGCAAGCUAGAUCUCACCAAACUUAAACAUGUUGUCCUGGAUGAAGUUGACCAGAUGUUGGAUAUGGGUUUUGCUGAUCAAGUGGAAGAAAUUUUAUGUGUGGCAUACAAGAAAGAUUCUGAAGACAACCCCCAAACAUUGCUUUUCUCUGCAACUUGCCCUCAUUGGGUGUUUAAUGUUGCUAAGAAAUACAUGAAAUCUACAUACGAACAGGUGGACCUGAUUGGUAAAAAGACUCAGAAAGCAGCCAUAACUGUGGAGCACUUGGCGAUUAAGUGUCACUGGAGUGAGAGGGCAGCGGUGAUUGGGGAUGUAAUCAGAGUGUACAGUGGCCAUCAAGGGCGCACUAUCAUCUUUUGUGAAACCAAGAGAGAAGCCCAGGAACUGUCACAGAAUACAUGCAUAAAACAGGAUGCCCAGUCGUUACAUGGCGACAUUCCGCAGAAGCAAAGGGAAAUCACCCUGAAAGGUUUCCGAAAUGGCAGUUUCGGAGUUUUGGUUGCAACCAAUGUUGCUGCGCGUGGGUUAGAUAUCCCUGAGGUUGACUUGGUUGUUCAAAGCUGUCCACCAAAGGAUGUGGAGUCCUACAUUCACCGUUCGGGGCGGACCGGCAGAGCUGGAAGGACAGGGGUUUGCAUCUGCUUUUAUCAGCACAAGGAAGAAUACCAGUUAGCGCAAGUGGAGCAGAAAGCGGGAAUUAAAUUUAAACGGAUAGGUGUUCCAUCUGCAACAGAAAUUAUAAAAGCCUCCAGCAAAGACGCCAUCAGGCUUUUGGAUACUGUGCCUCCUACUGCCAUUGGUCAUUUCAAGCAAUCUGCUGAGAAGCUAAUUGAGGAGAAGGGAGCUGUAGAGGCACUGGCAGCCGCACUCGCCCACAUUUCGGGGGCCACAUCAGUCGACCAGCGCUCCUUGAUCAACUCACAAGCGGGCUUUGUGACCAUGAUUCUGCGGUGCUCGAUUGAAAUGCACAACAUUAGUUAUGCUUGGAAAGAACUUAAGGAGCAGCUGGGCGAAGGCAUUGAUGCGAAAGUGAGGGGAAUGGUCUUCCUCAAAGGAAAAUUGGGAGUGUGUUUUGAUGUCCGAACUGAAGCAGUCACAGAAAUACAGGAAAAGUGGCAUGAUUCAAGACGCUGGCAGCUCUCUGUAGCCACGGAGCAGCCGGAGCUGGAAGGACCCCUAGAAGGCUAUCGAGGCGGCAGGGGUCAGCGGGAUGGCAGCCGCGGUGCCUUCAGAGGACAGCGGGGUGGAAGCAGGAACUUCAGGGGACAGGGGCAGCGAGGAGGAAACAGAAACUUCAGAGGUGGCAACAAAGGCCAGAAGCGGAGUUUUAGUAAAGCAUUUGGUCAGUGAGUAGAGACUAGAAGGAAUGGAGACACUGGAACCCAAUGCCCUUCCCUCUGUCAGACCCCCAGUGCUUCCCUCCAUUUUGAUUAUCUGUCCAGUCCUCAUUCCUUACAGGAAGACAGGCUUUGGAUCUAACCAUCAUCAGCUUUUCAUUUUGAAAAGGGGUAGGAAUUCAUUGCAGCAUUUUCCAACGUAGUAAAGUAAAGCUAACCACAGA